AGCAGCAGGCGGUAAGGGGGGGACGAGACGGGACGGGGCAGGCAGCACAUGCCACACCGGGACACGCAGCAGCUCAUGCAAGGACACGGUGCGAAUGCGUGUGACACAGAGUGCCAGGUGAGGAGCGGCACACCCUGAGAGAGGUGCAGGAGGGCACACAGCAUGCAACUCGCCCUGCAAUGCGUCCCGACAGGCGACAAGCAGCGCUGCGCGACAGGCAAGAUGUGGGUUGCGGAGGGGCCGGUUCCAGCCCAGUGGCACCUCCAGGACAAGGCCCACGCCAAACACUUCCUGUCCAUGGCUGAACAGCUCCGGGCUGCGGGACACCUCGUGGAUGUGGCCGUGGGCCCAGAGGGUGAUGUGGCCCAUGCUGUGGUCCUGGCAUCUAUCAGCUCCUUCUUUGUUCGCUUUCUGGAGGGCCGGCGCAGGGAGCUGUGCCAGGGCCCCCCUGCCCGCGUCCCCCUGCCAGCCGGGGUGACACUGCGGGGCUGGAGGGCAGUGCUGGCCUUUGCCUAUGGGGGGACUGUGCCCCACAGCCGGGAAAAGGAGGUGGAGGAGGCAGCCCGGGCCCUGGGGGUCGCCCGGAUGGUGGGUGCCCGUGCCCUACGGCUUCGUAGUGACCCCCAGGAGGGGGGUCCUGAGCCCCUGGAGGAGCAGUGGAAGACACUGAAAGCCAUGGAGCAGCUCCACACCCGCGGCCUGGGCUGCGACCUUCGGCUCCAGGCAGAGAAUGAAGUGAUCCCAGUCCAGCGUCUGGCCCUGAGCUGCUCCUGUGACUUCUUCCGAGCUCUCUUCACCUGCCCCAUGCGGGAGGCCACCCAUGACCCCUCUGCCCCCCUGGCCACGGGGCUGUCCCCAGCAGAGCUGCGCCUCCUGCUCUCCUUCGCCUACACGGGGGCUGUGGCAGGGCCAUGGUCUGCAGUCCUGGAGGCAGCAGAGACCUCCCUGCGCUACCAGGCCUGGGGGCUGCUCACCCUCUGCCUGGACGUCUUCACCCGUGACCUGAGCCCAGAAACUGGCCUGGAUGUCCUGGCUUUUGCUCUGGCUUACGGGCUGGCCCAGGUGGGUCGCGUAGCAGAGGACUACAUCUUGGCCACCUUCCCCAGCGUGGUGGCCACCCCGGCCUUCCUGGAUCUUCCUGUACAACUUCUCAUCCGCCUCCUCCGCUCUGACGGUCUCAACGUCCUCUACGAACUGGAGACCUUGGAAGCAGCAUCUCGUUGGCUCAUGGCCAAUGGAGAUGUUGAAAAAGACCUGGCCAGGGAAGUCCUGUCCUCUGUUCGCUUUGCCCUCAUGUCUGGCCUGGAGCUGAAGAAAGUCCCAUCAGUGACUGCGGGGGUAGCUGACCCAAAGAUCCUCCACGAGCUGAUCAUGGAGAGUUUAGCCCCCAUGGCCCAGCUGCCAUGCCGAGUGCGUUCCUUGCAGGAGGUGGUGGUGGUUUGUGGUGGUGACAAAGUGACAGCCAACCUGGCUGCCAGGAAGCCCAGCAGACACCUCUGGUUUGCCCACCGCUACCUCAGUGCUGUGGGGCUGGUGAAGCAGGUGGAGUGGAGGCCCCUGGGGCACCUUCCCGAUGGGCCACGUUUCCGCCAUGCUGUAGCUGUCGUGGGCAACAUCCUCUACGUCCUAGGUGGAAAGCGCUACUAUGGGGUCCAUGACACCCUGGCCAGUGUCUACAGGUAUCAGCCUAUGGAGGACUCCUGGGAGCACUUGGCCAGCAUGACCUGUGGGCGCAGUUACUUUGCUGCUGUGGCUCUUGGAGAUUUCAUCUAUGCCCUGGGGGGCAGCUCGGGGGAGCUCUACUGCACAGACACUGUGGAGUGCUACGACCUGGCCAACGACACCUGGAGGAGGUGCCAGCGCCUGCCGAUGGCUCUGUGUGGGCACGCAGCCUGUGCCCUGGAUGGUGCCAUCUAUGUGUCGGGGGGGUGUGAUGAGGCCUAUCAGUGCCAGGCAUCCUUGCUGCGUUACACCCCAGGGGCACCUGCCAAGCUCUUGGCCCCCAUGAAUGGCCAACGAGCGGGCCACGUCAUGGAGGAGGCAGGUGGCCAGCUCUAUGUGGCUGGGGGGUUGUGCCAGCGGGUCGGACAGACUGGCUACAAGGACCAGCUGGCCUUUGAGGUCUACAGCCCCAAGAUGGACAUCUGGGUCCUUCUCAGCCCCCUGCCCCGUGCCCAUGUGGUUGGGGGUGCAGCUGUGCUGGGGGGGGAACUGCUGGUACUGGGAGGGUACAGCCACGAGACCUACAGGGACACCCACUUGAUCCAUGCCUACCAGCCCGGCACCCGGCGCUGGAUCACCCGGGGCACCUUGCCCCAUGCCUACACUGACCUCCAGGUCUGUGUCCUCACUGUGCCCUCUGCUUUGCGUGACCCCAACUGCCUUGGGGACCCCCGGAGUUCACCUGACACCCCCAAUAAUACUUAGGGGGUAGUUCUUAGUUCUGCAGCCCAUACUGGGAUCCACAGGUAGCAUCCACGGGCACCUCUGUGGGAUGGCCUUGCCUCCAGCUCCCUCCUCCAGAAAAGGCUCUUCCCAUGAUUUCCAGGAACCCACCUGCCCCUGGUUUAUGUAUCCGAGGCUGUGGGGACCUCGUGGGACAUACAGACCACGCACACUGCCACCCUGCACUCCCCUGUCCUGAGCCCUUCACUGAGAGCUGGGUGCCCACAAGUCCCCACUCACAUUUAGGUUAAAUAAAAGUGGCUCCUCAACUGCC